AUGGCUCCUAGAAGAAAAUCAGCAGCACCUAGUUAUAGAGAUUUGUUUGGCGACGAUGGUUCCGGUACAUCUUCUUCCGGUCCAUCGUCUUCCGGUCCAUCAUCCUCCACCGCAGUUCCAGACUCUCAGCCUUCUCAGAGAGUUGCUUGGAGUCCUCCUCCACCAAUGCCUCCACCGCAGAUGCCUCCACCGCAGAUGCCUCCACCUCCUCCUCCAGCGGCUGCACCUCAGCCUAUCCCAGAAGGUGCAGUUCAUUCGGAUCUGCGUGUGCCUUCAUAUGCCCCAUUCGCGAGAUAUACGGUGGAGGAUUUGCUUGCCCAGCCUGGACGGGAGGGUUUGGAUGUUCUAGACCCCGAUAAACCCCCAGGAACCCGAUAA